CAACAGCGAGCGACAAGCAAGUCGAGAUCGUCGUGCUCACCACACACACACAACACAUACCUCCAUGACAGCACCAGCAAGACAGGCGCUGCGGCUCACGAGCUCACUUGCGCUUGCGUCGCCGCUCACGCGUUCUGCAGCCGUCGCCGUCGCCGGAUCAUCGCGCCACGCCUCGACGUACUCGCCGUCUGGGUUCGAACCGUCUGCCGGCGAUCGGCAACGGCGCCCCCACUCGCCCUUCUUCUUCACGGCCAAGGGGGAGCUCAACAACCAGAUACAGAGGCUCGAGGGCGUGCUCGCCGACGCCGAGCGUGCGCUGCGGAAACAGCACGUCUGGCCGCUGCCCGCCCACCUGCCGUACCUCCAGCCGUCGCCGACCGCAUGGGAAUCCUCUGGCGGGAUGAACUUUGUGGUGCGCUCCAACGCCGAUUACAAGGGCUUUGUUGAGCUGCUCAACAAGCUGCACCAGCUCGCGCACGUCGCCGCCACGGCCGGGGUCCACGACGUCGCUGCCCUCCUCGAGGCCACGACCUUGCCGUUCCAGAAGCCGUCGAUGAAGAUUGAGCGCGAGCGCCUGGCCGCCAAGGCGGCGGCCAAGGCCGCCGGCGAGGUCAAGGGCAUCGACGAGCUCGGCCGCUCGUACGCCAUGGGCCGCAGGAAGGAGGCGCACGCGCGUGCGUGGAUCGUGCCGUCGGCUGCCGGCCUCGCCGCUCUCGACAAGCCCGCGCUCGACCUCGGCGAGGACAAGACAGAUGUCCCCGUCGGCGAGAUUCUCAUCAACCACCUCCCGCUGGCCACCCACUUCAACCGCCACCAGGACCGCGAGCUCGUGCUCCGCCCCUUCCGCCUCGCGGGCCUCCUCGGCGCGUACAACGUGUUCGCGCUCGUCCGCGGCGGCGGAAACUCGGGCCAGGCCGGCGCCGUCGCCAUGGCCGUCGCCCGCGCCCUCGCGCAGAUCAGGCCCGACGCACACGGACCCCUCCACAACGACCGCCUGCUCAGCCGUGACCCCCGUAUGGUCGAGCGUAAGCACACUGGCAAGGCCAAGGCGCGCAAGAGGUACACUUGGGUCAAGCGUUGAGAUGUUUUGGCAUAUAUUGCAUGCAUAUUGUGGGCACUGG